UAUGCUUCCCCAUCAGGCGGUGCCGCUCUUCGUGAAGCUUAUUCAAUGUCCUGCAUCUCUAACGGAGGAACGUCUGGGCGAAAAAGAGACUCCACCUCGGUCACCAGGAAGGAGACGAUGUCGUCUGCCGCCAAGAGUGGAGCGGACAGGAAAAAGGAGGUCAGCAGCCAGCGGUCUCAGAUGGAGGAGAUCCAGGAACAUGAGGAGCCUCCUCACCCAAAGGACCUGUCCCCCUCUCCCUCCUCCCCCCACCCUCCCCAGACGCCCCCGACCCUUCAGCAGCAGAGACCAGCCCAGUCUGCUGACAGCAAUAAAGGCCACGUUCCUCCCAAAAGAGGCCCCAGUGUGAAGCGGUCCUCAGGUAUGGAGCGUUCUCAGAGCAGCACCUGGGACAGUUCAGAGGAAAACAGGAACAAACUGGUGAAAGCUGCUUCCACCUCCAGACUGCUCGCCAAGGUGGUCAAGAACUCUGACAGACACAAAGAUCCGGUGAUCAGUCAAGGUAAAUGCAUAUUAAUGUUAAUACAUUAUUCAUCAUCAUCAUUAUGUGUAACAGAAGUCAGCCUCUGAGACACUUUAGAAUAUUUCAGUCUGUCUGUCCUGUCGAGACUCUCAGAGGACACUAUGUUGUCAACGUCGUCAUGGUGACCGAAGUGAGACCAGUUUAGAUUAUUUGGUAUCGAGGAAAUGGCUCACCAUGGUAACUGGGUAAAUUACCAUGGUAACCUGCUGCUACUGACUGGUCAGAUCACUGAAAACAUGAAAACAUGGUUCACACCUUUUAAAACGAUGACACACAUGAAGAUGAUGUAAGCUGCUUUUGAAUUUCAUAAAGUUUCCUGUCAGGAUGUUAAGAGUUUAAUCAGUACUUCUACUCUUAAUGAUACUCGUAUCUGUUUGGUUCUGGAUCAGUACUUCUACUCUUAUUGAUACUCAUAUCUGUUUGGUUCUGGAUCAAUACUUCUACUCUUAUUGAUACUCGUAUCUGUUUGGUUCUGGAUCAAUACUUUUACUCUUAUUGAUACUCGUAUCUGUUUGGUUCUGGAUCAAUACUUCUACUCUUAUUGAUACUCGUAUCUGUUUGGUUCUGGAUCAAUACUCUUACUCUUAUUGAUACUCGUAUCUGUUUGGUUCUGCAUCAAUACUUACCUUACUUAGCCUCUUUACCCGUUUGUCUCCUGAUAAUAAAUUUGAUGCACCAAUGAAAGAACUUGUCAAUACUACGGUUGUAUAUCAUUUAUGCCUUAAUGUUUUUACUCUUUUCACUCUAAUUGUUAUUCAGAAUAAUACAAAAUAAUAAUUCCUACCAUUCUUCUCUCUGCAUCACAUUUUGAACAGCUUGUUUAUACUCAAUAAUAAAUUUACCUCUAUAGACGUACAGAACAAUGACCACACUGGAGAUUUUACAGUUCAUUAGUUGUGACAAUGUUUGAAACGAACACAUGAACGUGCGUUAAAUGAAACGGUUGAUCGUCGGCGUCAUGGCUCCUCCUCUUGUUUGUGUUCUUGUUGUGUUGUUUGUGUUAUUUAUAUUGUUGUUUGUGUUGUUGUUGAGUGACAAUGUCUUUGUCUCAAACCAGCCAAAAUGUCGACACGCGAGAAAAACAGCCAAGCUGGUAAGUCCUGAGGAGUCAUCAGAGCAAGCUAACACGCUAACACGCUCACACACUAACAGCAGCUGAAUAAGUGCUUCCUGUUUCUGCCGUUAGGGUUUCUGACCCGUUCUCACUCUCAAUGCAUCAAAUACUUGUGUGAACCAACAUACCAUGUCCUCAUUAGAGCGUGGAAGGGUCAAACAAACACAGGAAUUUUGUCCUCACCUGUCCUUGACGUGCUUCACCUGUCUCUCACCUGUCCUUGACGUGCUUCACCUGUCUCUCACCUGUCCUUGACGUGCUUCACCUGUCUCUCACCUGUC